CUAGCUUUUGCUUCCGGUUCUUGUUCAUAAACGUACAUGGAUCGGCGAUGCCUUUGUGAUCCUGUGGUUAUCUCCGUCUUAUCACUGAGAUUUGUAUAUCCACACGACUUUCCUUCAUGAUCAGACUAUUCUGGGGAUCCAUCUUGAAUGUGGUAACGAAGAAUCACCGAUGACGUCUAUCACAUCGCUAGUAAUGACCUCUCUGAAUGAAAAUGUGACUUGGAAAAGCAUAAUGGUCUCGACAUCGAGCGACAAGACUUCUAAAUCUCAAGUAGUCAUUUUCGUCUGUACGGUGGCAUGGAUCCUGCUGUUAGUGUUGAGCGCGUGUUUAGCUCCUUCGUAUGGUGUUCUAGCAUGUUUACAUGAGAAGAUUGAAACUUUGAACAUGCUUCUGAGGCAAAACAGAGAGACACUUGAAAAAGGAUCACAGGAAAUGGAUGUUCUUCGGUCUGAGCUGCAUGAGCUGGUAACAAGAUUUCCUCCACCAACGAGGACUGAUGACGCGGGUACGAGUCAUGUGCGAGGUCAGUCAAUUGAUGCUUCAGAUGAACCAGAGCAGAUGUAGCACGAGUCGAGGGAACUUUUGGUGCAAAAUCAUGUGCACAAAAGGAAGUGUUAGUAUUUGUCACCAGAUACAGAGGCGGCGCUUCCGAACUUGGUUCAUCUUCCAGGAACGAAGUGAAAGGAUGAGAGAUCAGUUGACUUCGAACUUAUAUCAAAUAAAAUACUUCAACUCAAUUCUUCUGCACUCGUUGUAAGAAGUACAUAUAAAGGAAAGUGAGCCAUGUCAGUGAGCAAAAUUUGCUAUUCGUGUGAGAUCUACGAAGUUCUUUAGGUGCUCGGUUUCAUUCUGUCGUUACCUUGAAUUCCAUAAGUGUCAUAUCUUUGUGAAUUCUCUGUACUCCUCCUCAUAUAGUCAGC